AUGAAAGCGAUGUUCCGGUUAUGUGGACGGAAAGGAUUUAGUACGACAAAGAAGACUGCAGUGAUGUUCUUUUGUAUUAGUAGUUUAGUAUUAUAUAGUAAUAGUACUUUAUAUCAUCUAUUUAAUUUGGUGACGCCCCAAUUCAUUCGACUUCGAUACAUCUUCCAAAGACUCGAUCACUUAACUAUCUAUUUGAUGAUCACGGGAUGUUAUGUCAGCUUCAUCUUAUCUCGGCUAUUUGAGAAAGGGUAUGUCAAGAGUGGGAUAGUCGUCAUCUGUUCGAUAGCAGUGAUGGCGAUCACAGGGAUUCUAUUCACCUUAUUCUCUCCACCAACUUCCAAUAUGGAUGUCAUUAUGUAUUUAUGUAUGGGGUUCUCUUGUAUUCUAGUCGCUCCAGGGUGGUUUUAUUUCUGCCCAACUUCGUUGUUACUUUGGUUGUUUACUGGGGGAAUCACCUAUUUCUUAGGUACACUCUUCUUUUCGUGGGACAAAUUGUAUUUGAACCAUACGAUUUGGCAUAUUGUUGUCUUAUUAGCUAACAUUCAACACUCAUUUGCUGUAUUAAUUGCCAUCGACGACGAGGGACAAGAGAAGUCCAAUACCUUCUGGUCAUCAUUUUCCCAGCCUGUAGUUCAAAUGAAAGAUUUUAUAGUUGAACGGUUCUUUUGGGCCGAGCGUGUAGCUGUUGAGCGAUUAACUUCACAGAAAGAGGAGUGA